AUGCCAAAGGAUUUCUGCCAGGAAAAAUGUAAGAUCCAUAAGAAUGAAAUUGUAAAAUAUUACUGUAAGAAGUGUGACUGCUUUGCUUGCUCAACUUGUAAGAUAAAUGACCAUAAAGAAUGCCCAUCAGUGCAAUAUAUUCCAACACUACUGAGCGAGUUUGAAGAGAAAAGAGAACAUGAAAACUUUGACGACAUGCUAAAAGCUGUUGAAGAAAAACUACAAAGUACCAAAUUUGUCAUUAAACAAGAAUAUGACCGCGUGGAGCAGAUUAAAGAAGAAACAAGAUCAAUAAUCAAAAAGUACAAAGACAACACAGCUAAACUGUUUGAUGAUCUAGAAAGAGAAGUGGUCACUGAAAUUGACAAAAUUGGGUCUGAAGAUAAGAAAAAUCUUGAUGAAGAUUCUAAAAAACUGUCUGAAUUGGAAUCAAGUUUUCAAGUCAUUAAAUCUGAAAAUGACAGCAAGAAACUGACCAACCAGAGAUGCAAAAUAUUAAUUAUGGUCAAAAGUUGUAGCAACAAAGUCAAAUCAAUAAAAAAUAGUCUUGAGGAUUUGAACCAUAAAACUGGAAUACAUGAAGUAAGUUAUGAACCAGCAAACGUAUUAAAAACAACUGGUGACUUCGGAAAACUAAACAUCACUAAGCCUAGAACGAACAUAAACUUGGGGCGCAUUUCUGAAAACAUGAAACAACCUGAAAGAAAUCAGAGAAAAUAUGAAAGUGAAAUAACAGUUUUUGAUAUGAAUGGAAAUAAACUCAAGACUAUAUUCUUUAAUACAGGAGACAGUUUUAAGUUACAUGACUAUCUUACAAUAACAAAGAAUGCUGAAAGUUUACAUAUUUUUGCAUUAAGAACUAAAGAUUUAUUAAAAGUAACUGUUCUUCAUGUGACCCCUGAUGAACAAUACGAAACAUCUUACUCUCAUAAAGACCUUCGGUAUCCAAGAGGAAUGACAGCUGAUGACAGAGGCAAUGUGUAUGUGUGUGGACAUAACUCUCACUAUAUACACCGGCUGUCUGGAGACCUAACCCAUGGAGAAGUUCUGCUGAAUGAGACUGGUGGAAUUGGAGAACCCCGGGCAAUAGGUUAUAGCAAUGAGGAAAAUAAGUUGUUCAUAUUACAAUCAUCCAAUAUGAUAUCAGUUUUCAAAAUUGUGUCGUAA